CGCACGGCGCACACCGAACCGCCUCCGCCUGACCAGCUGCCGCCACCAUAGCGUUUGUUUACGUUUCCAAUAUCAUAUUAUUUUUUUUUCAUAUUAUCAACAACUUACUACUAUCGUCGCUAUUAUAUUACAAUACAAUAUUUGUUUACUUAUCUGUCGGCGGUCCUCGUUUCCGCCAUUAUUCUUUUUUUUUCCAUUCGUUUUCCCCACCGCCGCCGCGUACCCGUGUAACAAUAGGUAACAUUUAUUACUCAAUUUAUUACAGUCGGUAUUUCGACGACGACGCCGCCGCCACCGUCCGCCACCGCCACCGCCACUUCCAUCCCCACCGCCGCUCCGUCACUUCCGCCCGACCGUCCACCGAACCGCGACUGUUGUGUCCGCUUCGGUUAUCAGUGAAACGCAGCGUCUCUCGGCGCGACGGACGACGGACACCACCGGCUAGAUCGGCCGACAAAAAAACAGCACCGAACGUCGCGCGCCGCCAACCGGUUACGGGUACUCCGACGGCCGCCCGCGCACCGACACCCGCGAACACGGUCGCCGGUUCUUGGCCGCGAGUACACACGACAUGCGAACGCCGAGUCGCCGACGGUGAGUAGGUACCGAUAACGCGCGCCAUGCAUCACGGCGGACGACGGACACCUGGCCGGCAUUGAGCACCAACUGCGUCUGAAGCGGAGUCAGCGAACAGCACAGCAGCUGUAGGUGUGUAUCUAUAUUAUUGCAUACAUUUUUUGUGGAUAAUUGAUUAUAUUCAAAAUGGCAGUCCACGGCUCUACACCUAAGCGUAAAGAAAUUUACAAGCACGAGGCGCCAUGGCCACUGUACAGUAUGAACUGGUCUGUACGACCUGACAAACGAUUUCGUCUGGCUAUUGGGAGCUUUGUAGAGGAAUACAAUAACAAAGUACAAAUUGUGUCAUUAGACGAAGAAGUUUCAGAAUUCAGUCCCAAGAGCACAUUUGAUCAUCCGUAUCCAACAACAAAAAUUAUGUGGAUUCCUGAUAGUAAAGGAGUAUUUCCAGACUUAUUAGCUACAAGUGGUGAUUAUUUACGAAUUUGGAGAGCAGGUGAACCAGAAACAAGAUUGGAAUGCAUUCUUAAUAAUAACAAGAAUUCAGACUUUUGUGCUCCAUUGACAUCAUUUGACUGGAAUGAAGUUGAUCCAAACUUAAUUGGUACAUCAAGUAUAGAUACUACAUGUACAAUUUGGGGUCUUGAAACAACUCAGAUUGUUGGACGAAUUAAUUCUGUUGCGGGGCAUGUUAAGACUCAACUUAUUGCUCAUGACAAAGAAGUAUAUGAUAUAGCCUUUAGUCGUGCUGGAGGUGGCCGUGAUAUGUUUGCUUCAGUUGGAGCUGAUGGUUCAGUUAGGAUGUUUGAUCUACGGCAUUUGGAACAUUCAACUAUAAUUUAUGAAGAUCCUCAACACUCUCCACUACUGAGGCUUGCGUGGAACAAACAAGACCCAAAUUAUCUUGCUACAGUUGCUAUGGACGCAUGCGAAGUUAUUAUAUUGGAUGUCAGAGUGCCUUGUACACCUGUUGCUAGAUUAAACAAUCAUAGAGCAUGUGUUAAUGGAAUCGCAUGGGCUCCACAUUCAUCUUGCCAUAUAUGCACUGCUGGUGAUGAUCACCAAGCCCUUAUUUGGGAUAUCCAACAAAUGCCUAGGGCUAUAGAAGAUCCAAUUCUAGCAUAUACAGCUGCAGAAGGUGAAAUCAAUCAAAUUCAAUGGGGUGCUACUCAACCAGACUGGAUCGCCAUUUGUUAUAAUAAGUCGUUGGAAAUACUACGAGUGUAGUAAUACUGUUGGACUGUUAAUGUUGUAAAUGCAUUAUUAUACAUAUUAUUUUAUAUUUUUAUCAAAUUUCCCACAUCAAUACAAAUUAUUUGACUCAGAUAUUAUUAACAAGACUUAUAGUUUUAUUUGUUACACAUGAUUUAUAAGAGACCGUGAUUUAUUUUUAUUUAUGAUAAAUUUUUAUUUUUGUUUUUUUUUUUUGAGUUAUAUUAUAAUAAUUUUUUACAACAGUUCAAUACAUUGUAUUAUUAAAAACUAGUAUAAAAUGUAUUUCAUUAACAGCCCGCCGGUAGAUGAUUUUUAGCCUGUAUUUUUAAUAAAGAAGAAGAAUACUCUUAUAGUAAUAAAAUAUAUUGUAGAAUUUUGACAAUUGAUUUUUCAAUUGUUGUAAGCCAGCAAAAUAAUUAUAAUAAUAAAUGACAUAUUAUAUAAUAAAUUUAUUUUUAUUAUUUAAAUAGUGGUAUCCAAUACACUUAUGUAUAAGCAAAUAUUAUGUACGUUUAUUAAUUCGAAAUCUGUAAAUAUUUACCAAGUAUCAGUAAUAUUAAUUUCUUUUUGACAAUUGUGUGAUUUUUUUUUUUUAAUUUUUUAUGGUAACAUUAAUUUUUGCUAAUUGCAUUUGUAUGAAAACGCAAUAAUUAAUUUUAAUAUUAUUAUACAGUGUGGUGUCUAUGUAAAUGCAACAACUACUUGAGUAACCCACUGUUAUAAUUUUAAGUAUAAUUAAUAAUUAGUUAUUUACUAGUAACAUAUAAGUUAUCAAUACUAAAAGUCAACUGUUUUAAUGUUAACAUAAAAUAUUUAAAUGUUUAAAUCCUUUUUUUACAAUUAUCAACUGUGCACAUUAACUAAUACCUCAAUAUUUUGAACUGCGCAUUUUUAAAUUAAAUUAUACUUAUGAAUACUAAGCAUGUUUUCCACUAGAAUUAAGGAGAUAACUUAUUACUUAAGUUUAUUCAAAAUGAGAUCAUUGCCGAUGGUUGAGUUGUGUGCAUAGGCAUGGCUUUACUACACCAACGUUUCCCAAUGUGAGUCCCUCCAUAUAUUUGUGAUUAUUGAAAAAAUUAUUUUAUAUUAUAUUUGGAUUAUUUAUAUUUUAAAAAAUUGAAAAAAAGGGGGGUUCCUCAAAACACAAACUAUUUCUCAAGGGUGCCGUGGUCGUAAAAAUUUGGAAACCGCUGUACCCAGUAGGCGUACAGAUAAUUAACUCGGUGGGGUUAACAAACAGAUAUUGUCUGACCACCACCCGAUGAAAACUGGUCGCUGUCGGGUAAUGAUCUCAUUUUGAAUAGGUUAUAGAGAUAUGAUGUUGAUGACCUAAAAAAGCUUAAAAAAUUACCCCAAACAAAUGCUUUAAUGCCCUAAUAAAUAUAGAAAAUGAUCUAACCUAACCUAUGAAGUUGUUAAAAAGUAAGAUAUAAAAAAAAAAAAAUCAGUUAACUUAAUUAAUAACACUUGUUACUACAAAAACCUACCAAUUAUAAGAAUACAAUUAUUGUUUUUUAACAAAUUUUCUUUAAAAUCUAAAAAUUCGAGUAAAGUGCCUCUACAUUGUAUAAAAACUACCAAAAUUGACCUAUAAUAUGGAAAAUAGAAAUAAAAAUUAUGUUAAAAAUAAAAAUAAAAUUAGUAUAUUCUGAAUUGAGAGAGCAUGAAAUUAAUUUUUAACUAAGAUUGCAUUUGGAAAAAUGCAUGUCAUCCAGUCACGUAACCAGGGGUGGUGUAUGUGCAUUUUGUCAAUUACUUUUGAAUAACACCCCCCCUCCCCUUUGAAAUUCCUGGCUAAACGCCUGAUGUCAUCAACAUUCUAUCUCUACUUAUUACGUAUUAUAAAUUUGUAAUAAAGUAAAUAGAAAAUUUCCACACAUGAAUCUUAUUGAAUCAUAUGAGGAAUAAACAAUAAAUUCAAAUUGACAAUUUUGUUUUUAUACGUUUAUUUAAAUACUAUAAUGCAGCAGUUCUCAAACUUAUUUUUACGUACCACUUAAGUAUAUUAUCAAUUAGUCGCGUACCACUAAUGAUUAAAAAUAGAACGAUCCAAAUUCCAAAUUGUAUAGUUAAAUACAUUUAUUUUAAAUAAUAAAUCAGUAAAAUACUACAACUGCAGUAUAA